CCAAUCAUGGCCAAUAAAUGACAGUAUUUAUGGAGUAAAAACGUCCACCGAACCCCUUUCCCUCUCCCGCCAUGGCAUCCCUAGCUUUCUUUUUCGUCUUAAUCUCCUCGACCUUCCUAUCAUCACAAGCUAACAAUCUCCAUCUUCAACAAUUGAGAACCCAAGAUGAAUCCUUUACCUCUAUCCUCGUGUCUCAGAACGGCCUUGAUUUCGUCAAGGACUUGCUCGUCAACGAAGCCAUCUCUUCCAUCAUCCCUUUGCAGUUGCCUGCCACCAUCGAAAAAUCUGCCCGAAUCCCAUUUCUGGGAAAUGUUCAUAUGGUUAUCUCCAAUGUUACUAUUUAUAAAAUCGAUGUUUUGGCGUCUUAUGUUAAGCUUGGGAAUUCUGGGAUCGCGAUUGUUGCUUCGGGGACUACUUGUAACUUGACCAUGAAUUGGCAUUAUUCUUAUAGUUCCUGGCUUGUUCCUAUUGAGAUUUCUGAUGGAGGAAGGGCUUCAGUUGAGGUUGAAGGAAUGGAGGUGGGGCUUACAUUAGGCUUGGAGAAUCAUGAAGGAACUUUGAAGCUGUCCCUCUUGGAGAGCGGUUGUUAUGUGAAAGAAAUCACCAUAAAAUUGGAUGGAGGAGCUUCUUGGCUUUAUCAAGGGAUGAUUAAUGCCUUUGAGGAGCAAAUAGGAUCUGCAGUGGAAAGUGCUAUUACCAAUAAACUUAAAGAUGGAAUCCUAAAGCUUGAUUCAUUUCUGCAAUCCCUUCCGAAGGAAAUUCCUUUGGAUGAUAAUGCUUCUUUGAAUGUAUCUUUCGUGGAAAAUCCUGAAUUGAGCAGUUCUUCCAUUGAAUUUGACAUCAAUGGGUUAUUCACAGAUGGUAAAAAGGUUCAACCAGUUUCUAACCAUUACCGGCAGGUGUUUCAACCUUCAGUUUUCUGCAUUGAUCAGUCUAAAAUGCUAGGGAUUUCAUUAGAUGAAGCCGUAUUCAACUCUGCUUCUGCUUUAUACUAUGAUGCUGAAUUUAUGGAGUGGAUUGUGGAUAAAGUACCAGAUCAAGCUCUCUUAAAUACCGCUGGAUGGAGAUUUAUCAUCCCUCAACUGUACAAGAAAUACCCAAAUGAUGAUAUGAAUUUGAACAUUUCUCUGUCUUCUCCACCUGUCAUAAGGAUUUCUGAGCAUAAUAUUGGUGCCACCGUUUAUGCAGACGUGAUAAUUGAUGUGGUUGAAGGUAGUCAAGUAAUAUCGGUUGCCUGCAUUUCAUUGGUGAUCCGUGGCACAGGUUCAGUUAAAAUCAUGGGGAAUAACCUCGGUGGUAGUGUGAAGCUAGAUGACUUGGCAAUGUCAUUGAAGUGGAGCAAAAUAGGGAAUCUUCGAAUGUAUUUGAUACAGCCUGUGAUGUGGACGCUCGUCCAGACUGUUGGCAUACCAUAUGCCAAUUCCUACCUUGGAAAAGGUUUCCCAUUGCCCAUCAUUCAUGGCUUCACUCUUCAGAAUGCUGAAAUUAUUUUCUCUAGUUCAAAAGUCACCGUGUGCAGCAAUGUGUCGUAUUCAGAAUCUGACAAUCUUAAUCAGGUUCCAAUCCACAUCAAGUAAGAUCACUGUUCAUAUCAUGCAACCUUGAGAUGUCCUCAAAAUGGGUUUACAGGGAAGAGAAUGAAGCAAAUUGUCAACUUCCCACUUCCCAUUGUACAGUUUUUACUUUAAGAUGAAAACUCUUUGGUCAACAAAAUGCAGCAAUGUGAUAUAAGUUUGUUGAAUGCACAAAUAUAUGACCAAAGGCACAGUUCAAUUUGUAUCACUUUCUUUGAUGUUUACCUAAUCAUAAAUGUCUCAUAAA